CUGUGAUCGUGAACCAUUGACAGCAUAGCCGAUUCAGUGGAGUAGUUUACAUCGUAGGUGACGGAUCAAUAAUUGCAGAAGUACAAAGCGAAGCGAAUCAUUUUCCGUUGUAAAGGCAGCUAGGUGGUGAGAUGUGAAUUUGUGACAUGUCUCUCGAAGAUCCAUUUUUUGUUGUUAAAGAUGAGGUCACAAAAGCCUUGAAUCGCACAAGGGGUUUGUAUCAUCAUUGGGAACACCUGCAUAGAGAAGGUGUUGUUUUCUCCAAAGACGAAGUACAGAAAACCACAGCAGAGUUGAAAAAUUCCAUAAGGAGUAUAGAGUGGGACUUGGAAGACCUUGAAGACACAAUUGCAAUUGUAGAAAAAAAUCCUAGUCGAUUUCGAUUAAAUAGUGCCGAAGUUGUCCAAAGGCGUUAUUUUGUUCAGCAAACCAGAGACGAAAUCGGAAGCAUUAAAGAAAAACUUCAAAUGAUGAGGAGCCAAGAUUUUGAUCAUUCUGCGAGAAAGCCGCUGCUCGAAAAUGCAAGUCCGACGCGAAAGGCACCAAAAAACACGACCGCAGGGUACGUUCGCAUCCCUAUUGAGGGAGAUCGUGAGGAUGACGAUGAUGAAAAUCAAGUGAAAAGCAUAGUACAGCAGCAGGCAUCGUUAGUGAAACAACAGGAUGAACAACUAGUCUUGAUAUCUGGAUCCGUAGGUACUUUAAAGAGUAUGUCACGACGUAUCGGCCACGAACUAGAUGAACAGGCAUUAAUACUUGAUGACAUGGGUCAUGAAAUGGAAAACACAGAAACUAAGAUGGAUUCUACAUUAAAGAAAAUGGCCAAAGUUCUUCGCAUGUCAAACGAUCGUCGCCAGUGGAUGGCCAUAGGAGUCUUAACGGGGUUGAUGAUUAUCGUGAUUAUAUUAUUUUAUGUUCUGUAAGGGUGUUGUCCUAGUUUAUUGUGUCAUUUGGAAAUAUUUCAUUUUAGCUUUCUUGUAUUCGAAUUUGUUGUCGUUCAGAAUUUAUAUUUAUUCUAAGCAAUAUUUUAAAUGAGUAUUACAUUUUUCCGAUGUCCUGGUAGGCUAAUGUUAUUGGACAAUCUGUCAAACUGUGUGCGUAAAGUUGCCGGACAUGAAUAGAUUCUUAUAGCGGGCAACUCAUUCUGCAUUCCACUUGUAAAUUUUGUAUUGUUCCAUUUGCACGGUUUUACUGUUUACGUCUGAAUCAUCUUUUUGCAAGGAUCGUAUAUAUACCGUUUAAAACAAAGAAAAA